GCACAACCAUAGACUGUACAGGCCCCGCCUUCCUUGAAUUGGCAGAGCGGCCACAACGCAAGGAGGAUUCCGGAAGCGGAACCGGUCGGGCUCGAACGCAGUGCACUGUGGUCUGGCGGCGUUGCUGCGAAGUCGAUGUGACUGCCGUUGCUGGGGGAGUCGCGAGUUCUGUCGCCCUAACAGGCGAGGCGGCUGCGGGAGAGUUCAGGGGUGCCGGCAUUUUUGUCGUCUUCGGCCCCGUAAUGUCCUUCAACAAGAUCCCACCGCGGUGGCUGAACUGCCCGAGGCGCGGACAGCCCGUGGCAGGAAAAUUUUUACCUCUGAAGACGAUGUUAGGAUCAAAAUAUGAUGAUCAAGUUGCUGAAGAGUGUCGCUUCCAUCCCAGUAUGUUAUCAAACUACUUAAAGAGCCUUAAGGUUAAGAUGGGUUUGCUGGUGGACUUGACAAACACCAGUAGGUUCUAUGACAGGAGUGAUAUAGAGAAAGAUGGCAUCACAUAUAUAAAGCUUCAGUGUAAAGGGCAUGGUGAGUGCCCCACAACUGAGAACACUGAAACAUUCAUUCGUAUAUGUGAACAUUUUAGUAAUAAGAACCCAACGGAGCUUAUAGGUGUUCACUGUACGCAUGGUUUCAAUCGAACUGGCUUUCUUAUCUGUGCCUUUCUGGUUGAGAAUAUGAGUUGGAGUAUUGAAGCAGCUGUGGCUACUUUUGCCCAAGCCAGGCCGCCUGGUAUCUAUAAAAGUGAUUAUUUGAAAGAGCUGUUUCGUCGCUAUGGUGAUGCUGAGGAUGCACCAGCACCGCCUCCAUUACCAGAGUGGUGCUUUGAUGAAGAUGAUGAAGAGGAGGACGAUGACAACAACUGCAAACCAGUAAACCAGGAAUCAGAAGCUGGGUCAUCAACUUCCUUUUCUGGCAAAAGAAGAAAAGAACACUUAAAGCUGGGUGCAGUGUUCUUGGAAGGAAUAUCAGUUAAACGUGUAAACCAAGUAACAACUCAACCAAAGCUAGGAGAAAUACAACACAAAUGCCACCAGUUUUGUAGCUGGAAAGGGACUGGAUUCCCUGGGGCACAGCCUGUUUCUAUGGAUGAACAGAAUAUUAAACUUUUAGAGCAGAAGCCAUACAAAGUAAGCUGGAAAGCUGAUGGAACUCGGUAUAUGAUGUUGAUCGAUGGGAAGAAUGAAGUAUAUAUGAUUGAUAGAGAUAACUCGGUGUUUCAUGUAUCUAAUCUGGAGUUUCCAAUUCGUAAAGAACCACAUCUGCAUUUAGAAAACACUCUUUUGGAUGGGGAAAUGAUCAUCGACAAGGUAAAAGGCCAGGUCGUUCCUCGGUACUUGAUAUAUGACAUAGUUAAAUUCAGUGGGCAGCCAGUUGGGGAAUGUGAUUUUAAUACUCGUCUGUCAUGUAUAGAAAAAGAGAUUAUAAUUCCACGACAUGAGAAAAUGAAGAAUGGUCAAAUUGACAAAGCACAAGAGCCUUUUAGUGUUCGUAACAAACCAUUUUUUGACAUCCACGCUGCAAAAAAGAUUGGCAGGGAAUGCCGUGCUCUGCAUACUGUUUUGUUCUGUCUGGAACAGAAGACUACAAGGACAUCCAUACUAUGGAAUGGUGCAUCACACCUCUCACUAUUAAACUUUCAAUGCCAGAUAAAAACCUGGAUCUUUGAGAGAGCUGUCUCUUUGAGCGGAUUUGUUCUGUUUUCAGUGGCUAUACAUUAUGUUUAGCUAUGGAAUUUUUAGCUGACUAUUUUAUUUAUUGUAUGAUUUUAUUGAUAAUUGUAUGUUUUAUUGUAUGCUGCUCUGUGUGCCAUGUGAAUAGGCAGAGAAUGUUCUAUAUAAUAUAUUAUAUUUGUGUACGUGUAUGCACGCACAUGUACUAUAUAAUUCAAAUUGCUAUGUAGUGUACUAUAUAACACAAAUACAACAAAGAACUUUUAUAAAAUGUUAAUAGUUUAUUAUUGGCUCAUGAAAUUAAGUUAUGUGGCUCUUCUCUUCAACUCUUCAAAAUGCAAGCUAAUAUGACAUCUUGAAUUUUAAUCCCCCCUUCUUGAUUUGUGUCCAUUUCUUUAUUUAUUAUAAGUCAUCAGUAUUUUAUUUAAUAAAUCUCAGAGUUAGCGUAACUAGAAACACCAACACAGUGCAGAUGCAGUAACGACAUAGCACUGUACUUGAUAUCUUAACUAUGAAUUUCAUAAAAAUUACUGCUUUAUAAUAUAGUCUGUUCUUUAAAAACAUGCACGUCCAUUUGCUGUGUUCACUGUAUGCAUUUUGACUUGGUCUUCAGCAGCGUAUAUGUAUUGGAAUAGUUUCAAUAUACAAUGCAUACUUGGGAAUCCUCCUGUGCAAAUAAUAAGCAGUCAGAUGUAUGUAUGUAUGUAUGUAUGUAUGUAUGUAUGUAUGUAUGUAUUUAUUUAUUUAUUAUAUUUCUAUAUCACCCAAAACGUGCAUCUCUGGGUGGUUUACAAUUUCUCCCAAGUCUCCAGAAAAGAUCUGUUAUCAUAAUGAUAUCCUCAUUGUUUUCUAUCUAGCAUCCAUGAGGUUAAUUCAAAAAUGCACAUAUUUCUAUAAAACGUAUUAAAUUCAACUAGCUAGAGAAAAAUAUUUAUAUUCAGGCUCUGCUUAGUUGAACACAGUGGCUAAAUUGGCUGUGUUCUUUGUAUAUAUUUCAUUCAACGUGUAUUUGUGAUUUCAGGUAUCUCUUCAAAUUCAGCAAGCUGCUAAGUCAAUUAUGCUUUGUGAAGGAAUUCUAGCAUUUUGGUCUGGGAGGGGCUGGGGAGUACGUUUGUUCUUAUUGGUAUAUUUUUGGAGCACUGUCAUGGGUGUUCACCUUCCUUUUGGGGCAGAAUAAACAUGGUAGGCAGGUAAAAAUAAUUACAGUAGUAGUAGUUUCAAUUAAGGACUAGCUUUUCACAGUUGCUGUUAACCCUACAAAUUGCAGUGAAGUAAUUUUGUCUCCAGAGGCUUGUUGAUGCACAGUUGUAAAAAAAAAAAACCUCUUAACAGCUCAAAAUGUUCAGCUCAGAAUACUCUUACAUCCAAAAAACUGAGCAUUUCAUAGUAAAAUCCUUACAAAUAUAUACCUAACUUCCACAAACUAACAGAAAGACAGAAGAGAGGUGGAAAAAAAUAUGUGGCCUUGGAAGAGAUAAUCAAAAGUAAGAUGGCCUAUGCAUUCAAAAAAGAGCAUAUUGAUUCAAAUGCAGCAGGUCAAAAAUAAUGCAACGUUUGAAGAACCUGUUUACAUGUGAACUGGCUCCUAUUCAUUCACCUUGAGAUUCAGGCUGUUGUUCAGACUUGCAUGAAGGCACUUGUUUGUGUGAACUGAUGCUUUUGCAUAGGUGAUACAAAAAUACAAAUAUGAUGGAUAGCUGUAUACCGCUUUUCAACAAAAGUUCCCAAAGUGGUUUUACAUAGGUAUAAAUAAAUAAAUUACAUAGAUAUAAAUAAAUAAACAAAAUGGCUCCCUCUCCCCAAAGGGCUCAUAAUCUUUUUGUUGUUGUUAAAGUAGAUGCACUUGUGUUACUUACUGUGAUGACUGUGGUCCUAACACCAUCCCUGGAUUCUCCUGAGGCAGUGGGAUGGCAUAUGUGAAUUGACCUUCAGUGUUUAAGAAUAUUGUAUGAAGUUGCCAUUUUUGUGUCUUUUUUAAAUAAAUAAAUACAUUAAAUAAAUGUAAUACAUUAUCUGGAGCACAAUCUUCAAUUUGUAAAUUAUAACAACUGAAUUACUUGUUGGUUUUCUUGGUACUAUUAAA